AUGUUGAAGAUUAUUCGUGUUCUUCCCCCUAUUGUUCCUAGCAGUCAAGUGAAAGCAAACUCCUCAACAUGGGAGGCAUCAGGUGAGACAUUAAACAACAUUGACCAUGAAGCAAUGGUUGUUGACCCUGCACUUGUAUUAACCAUCCAGGUUAUGUUGACUGACUUUGGGGUAGCAAAGAAAUUUGAUGAAAGCACAAGGUUAAAUUCCAUGUGUGGAACAUUAGAAUAUAUGACACCUGGAAUUGUACAAGGGAGGGGCCAUGAUAAGGCUGCUGAUUGGUGGAGUGUUGGAAUUUUAAUGUAUGAAAUGCUUACUGGAAAGGUUGAUGGUGGUCAUUGGGAUCCAUGUGAUCAUAAUUUCCCUGGUGCUCCAACAUUUUUGCCAAGUAAACCCAUCUGGCCUGACCUCUGCAUUGCCUCCUACAAGAUAGAUCACACUUGCUUGGCUAAACGUUAUUCUGUAUGCUUUCAAACUUGUCUUCUUCCUAAAUUCUUUUUCUUUCUAUCAUGGCAACCUUCAACAGUAGUUUUGGACCAGCACCUUCUUGCAAAAGAUAUCGUGUACGUGUUCUUCUGCUGCUAUUGUGGAUUCGGGAACAUCCUUGCUUACUGGUACAACUGUAUGUAUCUCACGUGA